UUCAUUCCGCUCUUUCAGCUCUCCAAAUUUUUGAUCGCGAUCUUUGAUCUGAAAUCGUGAGUUUGAGAUGGAGUCCGAUGGCAUUUUGCUCGGAAUGGGGAAUCCGCUCUUGGAUAUUUCCGCCGUCGUCGAUCAAGGCUUCUUAGACAAGUAUGAUGUUAAAUUGAACAAUGCGAUUCUGGCCGAGGAUAAGCACUUGCCGAUGUAUGAAGAAAUGACGUCCAAGUUCAAAGUAGAAUUUAUUGCUGGAGGGGCUACUCAAAAUUCAAUUAGAGUUGCCCAGUGGAUGCUACAAAUUCCUGGUGCAAGCAGCUACAUGGGUUCCAUUGGAAAGGACAAAUUUGGGGAAGAAAUGAAGAAACAUGCAAAGCUGGCUGGUGUUAAUGUCCAUUACUAUGAAGAUGAAUUGCCUACAGGCACUUGUGCCGUAUGUGUACUUGGUGGUGAAAGGUCACUCAUUGCCAAUCUGUCUGCUGCCAAUUGCUACAAACCUGAUCAUUUGAAGAAACCAGAAAACUGGGCUUUGGUGGAAAAGGCCAAAUUCUACUAUAUGGCUGGUUUUUUCCUCACAGUUUCCCCAGAAUCUAUCUUGCUUGUCGCUGAGCAUGCAGCUGCUAAGAACAAGAUUUUCGCAACAAACCUGUCUGCUCCAUUCAUCUGCGAGUUCUUCAAGGAUGCACAAGAGAAAGUAUUACCGUACACAGAUUUUGUGUUUGGAAAUGAAACAGAAGCAUUAACUUUUGCCCGAGUUCAUGGCUACGAGACUGAAAGCAUUUCAGAAAUAGCGUUGAAGAUCUCCCAAUUGCCAAAGGCCUCUGGAGCACACAAAAGAAUCACUAUUAUCACGCAGGGUGCAGACCCCGUAGUGGUUGCAGAGGAUGGGAAGGUGAGGUUGAUCCCUGUCGUUCCGUUGCCAAAAGAGAAACUCAUUGAUACCAAUGGUGCAGGUGAUGCAUUUGUUGGGGGAUUUCUGUCACAAUUGGUUCUUGAGAAGCCAAUUGAAGAGUGCGUAAGAGCAGGUUGCUAUGCAUCGAAUGUGAUUAUUCAGAGGUCGGGUUGCACGUACCCAGAGAAGCCAGAUUUCAAAUAAGUUCUGUUCCUUCUUAAGCUUAGUUGAAUUUUGAAAUGAUGAUAAAAAAAAACUUUUUUUGGCCUGUAGUGCCACACCUGCAAGCUCUAUAUUAUUGCGUGUUAGGGUUCAUUAUAUUUUGUGAACUUAUAGUAUAUCAUUAUCUAUCUGCAUUAUUUCUGGUGAAA